UUUUUUUCUUUCUUUUUCUCUCUCUCUGUUUGUGUGGAAAAAAAUAAAGAAAAUGGUGUCAUAAAAAGAAGAAGAAAGCAUCUUCUUCAAAGAUUUACUCUGUUAAAACCCCCAUACUUUUGACAGAGAUUGCCAGAGAAAAGGAUAGCAAAUAAAGCUUUAAGAAAACAACCUUUCAUGAACUUCACCACAAAGGUGCAUUUGAAGGACGGUUCGUUGUUAUUGUCUUGAUUACGACUGAGAGUAUCUUUCGUUUAUGCUGGUUCAAGUCAAUUUCUUGCCUAAGGUCUUGACAGUAGCGUGUUAAUAAAUUGGAUUUCAAGCAUUAAAUCGGGAUAUCAUAAUUGCAGCUAGUGCUGGAAUGUAAAGUGCAUUUAGAUCCCUGCUAGUCGUGCUGUUGCAUAUACAUUCGUUUGCUAGUUAAGCUUCUAGAAAAUGGGCUAGAUGUGCAUAUCAUCUUGAGGUUUAGUUUUCAUGAACAACCGUGUAAUUGUGUAGUUCGUUGAAGCGUUUACGGUUCUUUUUUGCUAUUCCGAAGUGUUGUUGUGAUUUGUAAUUUAGCAGCAUGGAAGCCGAGGCAGGGAAUGUGAACCUCCAACCUGGUGGUGUUUAUCGGUUGCUUCCUGCUGUUUUACCUGUUCUUCUAAUAGCGAUCGGGUACAUCGACCCAGGGAAGUGGGUUGUAACUAUCGAAGGAGGUGCUCGUUUUGGUUUUGAUUUGGUAAUCCCAAUGCUUCUUUUCAAUUUCGCUGCCAUUUUGUGUCAAUACCUAUCGGCUAGAAUCGGUAUAGUCACCGGAAAAGAUCUUGCUCAGAUUUGCUGUGAUGAGUACGAGAAAACGACUCGAAUUUUCUUAGGAGUUCAAGCAGAGCUUUCCAUGAUUGUAUUAGACCUUACUAUGGUUUUGGGUGUUGCACACGGGAUAAAUCUUCUCUUUGGGAUUGAUUUGUCAACAAGUGUUUUUUUAGCUGCUCUCGAUGCUGUUUUAUUCCCGGUUUUCGCCUCUCUCUUGGAUCACUGCAGGGCAAGUUUACUAUGCAUGUAUGCAGCUGGUUUCGUAUUGCUUUCUUAUGUUUCCGGAGUGCUCAUCGGUCAACCCGAAAUUUCUCUUACCAUGGCUGGGAUGCUAACUAAGUUGAGUGGCGAGAGUGCAUUUGCGUUGAUGAGUCUCCUUGGAGCAAGCAUCAUGCCCCAUAAUUUUUAUCUACAUUCUUCUAUUGUUCAGCAGUAUCAAGGACCGUCAAAUAUUUCAAAGAGUAUCUUAUGCCACAACCAUUUCUUUGCCAUCGUAUGCGUCUUCAGUGGCCUUUUUCUCGUAAAUUACUUGCUGAUGAACUCGGCCGCAAAUGUCUUCCAUAGUGCCGGCCUCGUCUUGCUCACUUUUCAAGAUGCUAUGUCACUACUCGAACAGGUGUUUAGGAAUGGAGUACUGUCCAUAAUCUUUAUGCUGGUUAUGUUCUUAUCGAAUCAAAUUACUGCAUCAACCUGGAAUCUCGGAGGGCAAGUUGUUUUGCACGGUUUCCUCGGGCUUGAAAUACCGGGUUGGCUUCAUCGUGCAACAAUCAGAAAUAUUGCAUCGGUUCCGGCUCUUUAUUGUGUUUGGACUUCCGGAGUCGAAGGGAUAUAUCAGUUGCUUAUCUUCACUCAGGUUAUGAUGGCUCUUUUACUUCCAUCAUCAGUGAUCCCUCUCUUUCGGGUUGCUUCAUCGAGACCGAUCAUGGGUGUCUAUAAGAUAUCUCCAGUUGUUGAGUUUCUGGCACUGACUACAUUCAUGGGGAUGCUCGGGUUAAAGAUAAUAUUCGUGGUAGAAAUGAUUUUUGGGGAUAGUGAUUGGGCCAGUAAUUUGAGAUCGAAUGCUGGUAUUAGCAUGUCUGUUCCGUUUGUUGUUCUUCUCGUAACUGCUGGUGCAUCGUUUUCUUUGAUGCUUUGGUUAGCUGCUACUCCUUUAAAAUCCGCUAGUUCCUUGUACGAAGUUCAAGCAUGGAAAUGGGACUUGAAUAGAACUGUUCCCGAGGCAGCUAUAAAGAGAGAAGAAACUGGUUUAAGUGAAACUAGAUAUCAUGGAGAUGGACCUGCUCGUAUCGGGGAAAGAUCAUCAAUACCCGAAAAGUCUACUGAGAGUAGUUUGGAUUUAUCUUCUUCGGAUUAUGAUCUCGAUUUGCCCGAAACAAUUAUGGAGUCUGACCAGGAAAUAUGUUUGAGUACUGUUAACGAGAACUCUUCUAAUAUUAUACAGCCUAGUCCCUCUGUUUGUAGCACCGAGGAGUCAGUAUCUAUAACUGAUCCAGCUUCAACGGUAGUUAACGAGGCUGCUGGCGAUGAUUUGCCGAGCACUAAAACUCCACAGAUUGAAUCGACGAAUCCCAUGGAGAGAACAGUGAGUUUAGAGGGAGAUCUCCUGAUCGAUGACCUCGGAGAAACUUGGGAGCCCGAAGAGCCAUCAAAACCUCCUUCGGGAAGUAUCUCGUCAUUAACAUCGGACGGCCCUCCUUCAUUCCGGAGUCUCAGUGGGAAAAACGAUGACUGUGGGAGUGGUACCGGAAGUCUCUCUAGAUUAGCCGGAUUAGGUCGUGCUGCAAGGCGUCAAUUAGCUGCCAUUCUUGAUGAAUUUUGGGGACAACUAUACGAUCUUCACGGCCAACCUACCCAAGAAGCAAAGAAACUCGAUGUAUUAUUAGGUAUUGAUUCUAAGCUCGUAAAAGUGGAUACUACCGGGAAAGAACAUGGUGGGUAUUUCCCUUCAGUAGGAGGAAGAACAUCCGAUACACUGAUCAGUUCAAGUCCGUAUGUGUAUUCAAGAGGAUCAUCUCCAAUGUGGUCAAGUCACAUGCAAUUAUUAGAUGCUUAUGUUCAAAAUUCGCGCCGUAAUGUUGAUUCUGGUGAAAGGAGGCACUCUAGUUUACGAACUGCAAUGUCUGGUGACACAUGGGAUUAUCAACCAGCUACGGUACACGGAUAUCAAAUGAAAUCUUAUCUGAAUCGAAUUGCGAAAGAUAGAAACUCCGAUAGCUUUAAUGGUCAAAUGGAGUUACAAGCACCGAAUUCUCCAGCCCUCGGACCUACAAAUUAUCGAAACUCCAUGGCUUUGACAUUAGAGCAAAAAUUGCAAAACAGGAUAACUCCUGCUCACGAACCCGGAUUUCAGAAUGUUGCGGUUUCUAUAAAUAGCCCGUUACAAUCUGAAGGAUCUUAUUAUAACAUUGGCUCGCCUGGAACUAAUGAUAAUUCUGGGAUAUCUGUCAAUACAAAGAAGUAUCAUAGCUUACCAUCCAUAUCAGGGCUCUCUGUUCCUCAUCGGGGCCUAUACAUGUCCGAGAAGAAUGCUCCAUGGGACAGUUCCAAUGGAUAUGGACCGGCUGCUGGUCAGCCUAUGUUUUCAAAUGCCGGGUCAAGGACCAGAGUUCCAUUGGUCUUUGAUGAGCUUUCUCAACCAAAGGGCUAUCAAGAUGCUUUUCCAGUACAGUUGAGUUCAAGUCCAGGCAGUGGAUCCCUUUGGUCUCGACAACCUUUUGAACAGUUUGGUGUAGCUGAGAAGAAACGAACUGCUGGUAGUGAAGUACCUGGAAGUGGGUUGAACUCAAUGUCAUGGGAUACAGCUUCUGGCAUGGAUUUAGAGUCCAAGCUUCUUCAAUCUUUCCGACAUUGUAUAGUAAAGCUCUUGAAAUUAGACGGGUCCGACUGGUUAUUUAGACAAAAUGAUGGAGCCGACGAGGAUUUAAUCGAUCGUGUAGCCGCAAGGGAGAGGUUUCUUUACGAUGCUGAAGCUAAACAGAUGAACCAGGCUAUUUGUACGGGCGAAUCUCAAUACUCAUCUCCAGAAAAGAAGUACGGUUCAACACUGAAGAGCAACGAGGCAAGUCUCGCCAACAUUUUAAUUUCAUCUGUUCCUCAGUGUGGCGAGGGCUGCAUUUGGAAAGCCGAUUUAAUAAUAAGCUUUGGCGUAUGGUGCAUUCAUCGGAUCCUUGAUCUUUCGCUGAUGGAAAGCCGACCCGAGCUGUGGGGAAAAUACACUUACGUUCUUAAUCAUCUCCAGGGUGUCAUAGAUCCGGCAUUUUCGAAACCCCGUUCCCCAAUGUUACCCUGCUUCUGCCUUCAAAUCCCGGCAGAUUACCAGCAAAGGUCGAGUCCUCCAGUUUCAAACGGAAUGUUGCCCCCAACCGCGAAACCUGGCCGGGGCAAGUGUACGAAUGCAGCCACACUCUUGGAUAUAAUCAAGGACGUUGAGAUCGCUAUUUCUUGCCGGAAAGGUCGAUCGGGCACUGCUGCCGGCGACGUAGCUUUCCCGAGGGGAAAAGAGAACUUGGCUUCUGUUCUUAAACGCUACAAACGCAGAUUGUCCAAUCUAGUUGGCACACAUGAAGGCCUCGGUUCACACAAGGUCCCUACAUCAGCUCCUCUGUCGGCUUCUUAUGGAUCAUAGCUUCCGUUCUAGUUCUACUCACCGAGAUUCACAGUUGUCAAGCUGUUCGGUUUUCAGAGGCAAUUCGAGCACCAAAUCACGUCUCAUGAGACUGCCAAAACCGACCCCUCUUCCCCUUUCUCAUGUGUAUUAAAAGUUAGACCUGAUAAUGUUAUUUCCAUGUAUGUUUAUAUAUAUACAUAGGAAUGGGAGUUGUUAACUGGGUGUGUAAUUGCAGAAGAACUAAAAGAAAAUGGGUUGAAAGGAAAAAAAAAAGUAGAAAUUGGUCUAAA